AUGGUCGACUCGGCGGCCGUGAGGUUCACCGAGGAGGCCGCCCCCGGCCCAACGCCUGCGCUCCGCGAGCAGCCCUCGGCCGAGCCCCCGCGCGUCGGGGCCGCGGGGAAGGAUUGGGUGGCCUUCGGCACCAAGCUCUUUGCAGGUGCCAAGAUAGACCUCAGCACCUUGGCACAGCAGCUGGACGUGACUACACGGAACCUCAGUGCUCACCAGAGAGAUGAAGAGAAGAAGGCACCUUUGAACAAGAAGGAAAGAAUGAAGCUGAGACGGGAGAAUUGGCUGCACAAGAAUAUCAAGCAGGCCGAGAAGAAGCGCUUAGAGGAACAGCGACAGAGGUCCACGGAAGUGGUGGGAGAUCUGCGCCCACUGCUGGAGGCCCUGCCCACUCUGGCGGAGCUAGAGCGCCCCAGUGGCCAGAGGCAGCCCAAGAGGCAAGUAUGGUACCUUGGUCAGAAAGCAGGCCGAGUUGUGUGGUCCAAGACCGACUCCUUCCCCACAGACCAAGCACCGGCUGAACUGGGUCCAGAGGAAAAAGAAUGGUGGAAGAGGGAGAGGUGGGAAGGGUCCCUGCAGUUUCGGAUCUCAUCAGACUCUCGAUCUUUUCGCCUGAGCCCCGCCCACCCUCCCUCUGGGCCAGGCAAGCAGGAGAUGCCGGGAGUGGCUGGCCCACCCGUGGCAAGCAGGCGUGUAUUCAGGUUGGUGAAGUGGCCGAGAUGUUAGGGCUUAGGUCAACUAGCCUCCUGGAUAGGGGAAGUCACACAGCCCAACCGAUCAGUGUCUGAAGCCUGAUGACACCCCCGUGGUUCCGUAAGCCUGUGGUAUAAGGGAGAGACUCGGCAGAGUGCUCCUCCAGCCUGCAUAGCAAACGCGUCAACAAGCUGCCCGAGGCUGCUGUGCAAGCCCCUCUGCCAUGUGGGCCUUAGGAUCCAGCUGUUCCAACUGGGCCUCCUGGCGAAUCAGUGCAGGCGAAUCAUCCUGCAGACCACUCCUCCACCUUUGAAAACCAGCGUCUGGCCUUAGUGGAGACUGAACACCUUACAUGGACCACCAAGUCACCGUGCCCAUCACGACUGGGUAUUGUCUGACCCUGCGGCUCAUCCGACUUGGCCACAGCAGUAUUUCCUCUCAGUGGAAGCCGUGAUAUGCAUGAGCUUGGGCUAGAGCAGGGCC